ACAUACCGCCUCCUGUUGCUGCACCUCACUGUGGGAUCUGCAGUCGACCUUUCAGGCUACACACAUGAACGCAGAAAGCUCGUUGGCGCGUCUCCUCGCUAUGUGCGACCAGGAGGGCGGUCGGCGGAGUUCACCAGCUCGGCGCCUCCUGCUCUGAACCAGGAGCUGCUCGGAGUGAACUGGGCUCUCGUCUUUGCGGGGGAAUUUUCUUCUUCUCUUUUCUGUCUUUUGGACCCAACUUGUCAGAGAAGCAGCAGAAGGAGGGAGGGAGGGAGGAAGGAGGCGGUUUGUUUCGUCGCUGUCCUCCAAGAAAGUGUGAAACAAGUGUAAAGACAGAGAGCAACAGAUGUUUUUGGUGAACAUGCAGCUGGCGGAGGAAUGAAAGCGGCAGCGAGGCACCGGCGGCCCUUCCAGCGGUUCUGCUGCUGCGGAGUCGGGCUGGUCGCCGUCAUUUGGCUCGCGCAGGUCCUGCAGGCUCCAGAGACGAAGUCCUCCGGGCCUCAGCCAGGCGUGAACGGUGAGCUGCUGCGAUGGACACGCAGGUUGAUGCAGGACAAGUCAGACAACCAGAGCCUGGAUGAGCCCCGAGCAGCCAUCCAUGAGUUUCCAGAGGACAUCUUUACCAAGGAGCAGAGGAAGAAUGGGGCUGUGCUCCUGCAUGCACUCUGCGCCAUCUACAUGUUCUACGCUCUGGCUAUCGUCUGUGACGACUACUUCGUCCCUUCUCUGGAGAAAAUAUCCGAGAACCUGCAGCUCAGCGAGGAUGUGGCGGGGGCGACGUUUAUGGCUGCUGGAAGCUCCGCCCCUGAGCUGUUCACCUCUCUCAUUGGUGUUUUCAUCACUAAAGGAGACGUCGGAGUCGGCACAAUUGUGGGUUCAGCUGUCUUCAACAUCCUGGUCAUUAUUGGGUUGAGUGGGAUCUUUGCAGGCCAGACGGUGGUUCUGACAUGGUGGUCUCUUUUUAGAGAUUCCUGUUACUACAUCUUGUCUGUCCUGGCUCUCAUAAUGGUUAUCUACGAUGACAGAGUUUACUGGUGGGAGUCCCUGUCCCUCAUGACCAUGUACGGGAUCUACAUCGUCAUCAUGAAGUUCAACUCCCAGAUCUCCGUGUUUGUGAUGCGGCGGGUACGGAGCAGCAGGCCGUGCUGCAGAGCGUCAGAGAGCUGCCCCGAGAGCAAGAUGGGAGAAGAGGCCUCGGCUUGCAACACCUCCAUGGUUCUUCUCAAUAAAGGCGAAGAGUCUCAACCCGUCAUCAUGGUGGACGAGCUGCUCAUCCUCAACCCGCACAAGCUGUCCUUCUCCGAGGCCGGUCUGCGCAUCAUGAUCACGCCGCACUUCUCCCCCCGCACCAGGCUCUCCAUGGCCGGACGCAUGCUCAUCAGCGAGAGACAGAGGCUGACCAGGAGCUCCAAACACAAGCGAGACAGCGAGGCCGCCACGGGGUCCAGGAAGGGGUCGCCCAGCAACGAUCUGAAGAGGUCGGGCUCCUGCAGCCUGGAGAACGGAGGAGGGAGACCCGGGAUAAAAGACGCAGAGUCGGGAGAGAAGCCAGGGGCCGAGGAGUGCCGGCCAGAGGAGGAAGAUGAUGAUGAGGAUGGCAUUUUUAAUCCUGUUCGCAUGCCAGGCAGCUGCCGUGCGCGGGUGAAGUGGGUGAUCACCUGGCCUCUGGGCCUCCUCCUCUACUGUACUGUGCCUAACUGUAUUCUGCCACGCUGGCACCGCUGGUUCAUGGUCACAUUCGUGGCUUCCACCCUGUGGAUCGCUGUCUUCUCCUACCUCAUGGUGUGGAUGGUCACCAUUAUCAGCUUUACGCUGGACAUCCCUGACUACAUCAUGGGUAUCACCUUCCUGGCAGCAGGAACCAGUGUACCCGACUGCAUGGCCAGCCUGAUUGUAGCUCGACAAGGCAUGGGGGACAUGGCGGUGUCCAACUCGAUAGGCAGCAAUAUCUUUGACAUCCUGCUGGGGUUGGGCUUCCCCUGGGCUUUGCGUACCCUUUUGGUGGACCACGGAUCUGUAGUGUCCAUAAAUAAUAAAGGUCUUGUAUAUUCGGUCAUCCUGCUGCUGGCAUCAGUGUUUCUGACUGUGAUGAGUGUACAUCUAAACCACUGGAGGCUGGACCGCCGGCUGGGUCUGGACUCGUCUAAUAGGUUCCCUGUUUCCCACACGUACAGUUCAUCUGAAGCCAAACAAAGAAAAAAAACAACAAAAAAAACCGAGUGAAAGUGGCGUGGUUUUCCUUGUGACAAUUUCUGUGCACCUAUGUAGGAAUCACUAUGGUAAUGUUGUACAACUACACAAAUACACAAGUUUUUUUUUUUUUUUCUUUUUUGGUUGUUUUGUAUAGUGCAGUGUUUGAUUACUGUAUUUAGACAUACAGAAAUUGUCUUUAGUUUUUUUUUUUUGCAAAAGCAAUUACAGAAAAGGCAGAUGAAGCAGCAAUAUUGUUAGAUAUUUAUCAACUGUAAUAAGAAAGUGACACUGAAAAUUGUGAUUUUAAAACCUUGUUUUUGCAAUGAGAAACAUUUUGAAUCUAUUUAUUAGCAAUAAUUAAUCUGGGUUGUCAUGGUUUUUGUUUUUUCGGAGGGGCAUUUAUUUGGUGACAUCCUUUUUUCAGAUUAUUUUUAAGUGGAGGCCUUAUCAGAAUCCCACUUCUAUAAAGUAUUUAAUAUUUCCAUUAAAACUUCACGUUAGCUUGC